GGCAGCAGCGGCGUGGGAGGAUCGAAACUAAAGAGGCUCAGCAAGCCGAGAAGUACUGAAGGAACCCGAUGUUUCAGUUAACACGUAUUAGAUUUUUUUAAUGUAACUUAGACCGCGUAACGACCGCGUUUGGAGCUCGCGCUUCAAAGUGACUAUACUCCUAUGAAGGAUAACUUAUGAAGUGACCGCAGUUAGCGUUUUACCAGUGGAUCUAUAGUGUGCGGGAAAGAACCAGACUCAGCUUAAAGCUGGCAGGCUUCGGGGAAGGUAACGAGCAUGGAUGAGACGGGCAGCAGAAACGGCAGCCUCCAGAGGAAAAAGCCACCAUGGCUCAAACUGGACAUCCCAACCAUCCAGCUGACGCCAGACGACACACCACAACUCCCUCAGCCAGUGAAGCGAGCGCGCAGUGUCAGCAUGCCUGGGGAAAAUCCGCAGACCCGUAUCGCUGCCUUGGAAACUUCCAACAACUACCUCAAACCUCCUUUGGAGGGAUUGCCCUCCUUCACCAACUCCAUCAAGAGUGAGAAAAGGGUACACUUUGAUCGUGUCAACACAGUCCCCCCAAAAGGCCAGAGGGGCCUAAGGAGAGUGUCAACCAGCCGAAGGCGGUCCUGUGUCCCAAAAAUACUGUCCAGACGGCGUUCAUCAAUACCUAAACAGAUCAUCAGGGGUACAGCUGACUGGUUCGGAGUGAGCAAGGACAGCGACAGCACCCAGCGAUGGAGGAGGAGGAGCCUGCAACACUGCAGCCAGCUGUAUGGGGGUCUGAAGGCACAGGUGAUGAGGGAGAUGGAGCUACACAGCCAGGACAAUCUCUCACUGGCCAGCACUGAGACCCCUCCUCCCCUCUACCUCCCACCCCACCACCCCAGUCACCACCAACACUAUGGCAUGCAGAGGAUUGUAGACCCCCUUGCUCGAGGUCGAGCCUUCCGUACGGUGGAAGAGGUGGACGGCCUCAGUGUCCCGCAAACUCCUCUCACACCUGGCACUGCAUCCCUCUGCUCAUUUUCCAGCUCCCGCUCUGCCCUCAACAGGCUGCCACGGCGACGGAAGCGGGAGUCUGUCGCUGUCAUGAGUCUGAAGGCUGCAGCAGCGCUUAUGAAGGGUCGAACAUUGGGUGAAAGCACUGCCGGGCAUUGUCGCAGACGGAGUUUCAUGCCUCCUAGUAUCUUUGAAGACGACACUGUGGAUUUCCCUGACGAGCUGGAUACUUCUUUCUUCACCAGAGACGGCCUGCAGGACGAGCUGUCCAGCUAUGCUGAUGAGGUUUUUGAGACGCCAUCAGAGGCUGACCUCAAACAGCUGGAUGAGAGUGUGCUUACAGGAAGUGCGCUAGAUAAGAACAAUCUAGAAAGGAGUCAUCUCAUGCUGCCUUUAGAGAGAGGAUGGCGAAAGGCGAAAGAUGGCUCUCUGAUCCAACCUAAACUCCGUCUGAAACAAGAAGUGGUGAGCGUCAAUAGCCAUCAACAACGGGGACAAAGAAUUGUGGUUCCUGUUAAGAAGCUGUUUGCCAGAGAGAAGCGGCCGUACGGGUUGGGAAUGGUCGGUCGUCUUACAAAUCGGUCAUACCGCAAACGCAUUGACAGCUUCGUCAAAAAGCAAAUUGAAGAAAUGGAUGAUCACAGGCCUUUUUUUACCUACUGGAUUACUUUUGUCCAUUUGCUCAUCACUAUCCUGGCUGUCAUUAUUUACGGUAUUGCCCCCAUAGGGUUCACACAACAUGAAACUGUAGACUCUGUUUUGAGGAAUAAGGGGGUUUAUGAAAAUGUUAAGUUUGUACAACAACAGAACUUCUGGGUGGGUCCUAGUUCUGAAGCAUUGAUUCACCUUGGUGCCAAGUUUUCCCCUUGCAUGCGCCAAGAUGAGGAGAUCCAUAAACUCAUUCAGGAGAAGAAAGCAAGGGAAAGAGAAUCAGGCUGCUGUGUGAGAAACGAUCGCUCCGGCUGCCUGCAGACAUUACAAGAGGAGUGUUCGAGUACGUUGUCAGUGUGGGUGAAGUGGCCUCAUCACCCCAGUGUUCCACAUUUAAAUGGAAAACAACGCCAGCACGGCUCAGUCUGCCAUCAGGACCCUAGAAUUUGUCAGGAGCCAGCCUCAGUUUCCCCUCAUGAAUGGGCAGAUGACAUCACACAGUGGCCAGUUUGCACAAGGUACAACUCUGGGAAUCACACCAACCUUCCUCACAUCGACUGCACUAUCACAGGCCGACCCUGCUGCAUUGGCACCAAAGGACGAUGUGAAAUUACUUCCAGAGAGUACUGCGACUUCAUGCGUGGCUACUUCCACGAGGAAGCCACUCUCUGUUCACAGGUGGCCUGUAUGGAUGAUGUGUGUGGUUUACUGCCUUUUCUUAACCCAGAGAUCCCAGAUCAGUUCUCUCGAUUAUGGCUGUCCCUCUUUCUUCAUGCUGGGAUCCUGCACUGCUUGGUGUCUGUGUUGUUCCAGAUGACGGUGCUGAGGGACCUAGAGAAGCUGGCCGGCUGGCUGAGGAUCUCCAUCAUUUACAUGUUAAGUGGCAUCACUGGCAACUUGGCCUCCGCUAUCUUUCUCCCCUACAGAGCAGAGGUGGGUCCUGCAGGCAGCCAGUUCGGCAUCAUAGCCUGUCUGUUUGUGGAGCUGUUUCAGAGCUGGCAGAUCCUGGAGCGACCAUGGCGGGCGUUUGCUAAACUGCUGGCCAUCUCUAUCUUCUUCUUCUCAUUUGGUCUGCUCCCUUGGAUUGACAACUUUGCCCACAUUUGUGGUUUUGUGUCUGGGUUCUUCCUCUCCUUCGCCUUCCUGCCAUACAUCAGCUUUGGGCGCUCUGAUAUGUACCGAAAGCGAGUCCAGAUCUGUGUCUUUCUGCUGAUCUUCGUGGGUCUGCUCUCCACUCUGGCUAUUCUCUUCUACGUUUAUCCAGUAAAGUGCGACUGGUGCGAGUACCUCACCUGCAUCCCGAUCACAGACAAGUUCUGCGAGAAAUAUGACUUAAACGCUCACCUCCUUUAAACAUCAGUAUGUGUGUUUCAACAGCUGAGCAGGACUAUUUUUACUGAAACAGUUUUUCAGGAUUUCCUGUCAGAAAUUUAACUCUAGAUUUAUUGAAGAAGCACAAGAGAGGACCCCGCUGUGAAUAACGGCUAUGCAUGGAAAUCUUCUGGCAUUUCACUGUUCACCUGCGUGGGAACAGAAGGAUCAACGUGAAGUUCACUGAUAAUACUGUGUUUGGUUAUGUGUGAUUGAUCUGUAGCUGGGCUAAUCAAUGGCCAGUCACACAGGAGGACAGUUGCAUAACAAUUGCCUCCAUCUUCUCUUGUAAAACUGACUUAACAGCACACCUUAGUGGCCAAUAGGAACAUUACAACCUGUGACAGCUGCGGCGGAUUAGCAGGAGAUUUGAGUUUUGUACUUUUUUACUGAUUUUUGUCUUAUGUCUUCAGAGUUAAACUCACCAAGAAAUGAGGCGCAAAAAUCCUUAAAUGUGCCUUAAAUACUCCAACAUCCGCACACAUAUUUCGCUUUGUUUUAUUAUGUAUGUGUGAGUAACUUUUCACGUUAACUUGUAAAAACACAUUCAGUUUGACAAAAUCAUGUAAAAUGUGUGUCCACUGCAGUAUAUAGUGGCUGGAUUGUGAUUUUUGUGUACUUGUUUACCACGUUAGACAUUUUUGUCACAGCCUUUAUUUAAUAUACAUUAUUCAUAAAUAGAUUAUUUUUUAUAGUAAUCCUGUGGAGUAUCUGUGCAAAAAGAAAAAUACAAAAAAAAAAAAAAAAACAAGAGACACUUACAGGUUAAUCUGGGUAAUAGUGAAGAAGUGUAUUGUUGUACUAAAGGUGGUAGCGUUUUAGCUACCUUACAAUAAACACUGAUAUUUGUCUA